UCAUUCAGCCUCUCUCUGACAGACAGCGUGGAAAGAUGGUGCUCGACUUGGACCAGUUUCGUACCGACAAAGGCGGCGAUCCAGAAAUCGUCCGUGAGAUUCAGAGGAAGAGGUUUAAAGAUGUUACUCUCGUCGAUAAACUGGUCGCCGCAGAUACAGAGUGGAGAAAAUGCCGCUUCACUGCAGACAACCUCAACAAAGCAAAGAACCUCUGCAGCAAGAGCAUUGGAGAGAAAAUGAAGAAGAAGGAACCAGUUGGGGAUGAUGACUCUGUACCAGAAGAAGUACAGAACCUGGAGUCCCUAACAGCUGAAACACUAUCGGCCUUAACAGUAACUCAGAUCAAGAAGGUGCGUUUAUUGGUGGACGAGGCCGUGGAGAAAUCUGACAAGGAGAGGAUAAGGCUGGAGGCAGAGCGCUUUGAGUACCUGAGGGAGAUCGGCAACGUUCUGCACCCAUCUGUACCCAUCAGCAAUGAUGAGGAUGCUGACAACAAGGUGGAGCGUACCUGGGGCGACUGCACUGUCCAGAAGAAGUACUCCCACGUUGACCUGGUGGUCAUGAUUGAUGGCUUUGAUGGAGAGAGGGGAGCAGUCGUGGCUGGGAGCAGAGGUUACUUUUUGAAGGGGCCGCUGGUGUUCCUGGAGCAGGCUCUGAUCAAUUACGCCUUAAGGAUCCUCUACAGCAAGAAGUACACCAUGCUCUACACGCCGUUCUUCAUGAGGAAAGAGGUCAUGCAGGAGGUCGCCCAGCUCAGCCAGUUUGAUGAAGAGCUUUACAAGGUCAUCGGUAAGGGCAGCGAGAAGUCAGACGACAGCUCCAUAGAUGAGAAGUACCUCAUCGCCACCUCUGAGCAGCCAAUCGCAGCCUUCCUGAGGGAAGAGUGGCUCAAACCCGAGGACCUGCCCAUCCGCUACGCCGGCUUCUCCACCUGCUUCAGACAGGAAGUGGGCUCCCACGGCCGAGACACCCGCGGGAUCUUCAGGGUGCACCAGUUUGAAAAGAUUGAGCAGUUUGUCUAUGCCUCCCCACAUGAUGGCAAAUCAUGGGAGAUGUUUGAUGAGAUGAUCGGGACGGCAGAAGAGUUCUACCAGUCGCUAGGAAUUCCCUAUCGCAUUGUCAACAUUGUCUCUGGUGCCCUGAAUCAUGCAGCCAGUAAGAAGCUGGAUCUGGAGGCCUGGUUCCCCGGCUCAGCUGCUUUCAGAGAGCUGGUCUCCUGCUCAAACUGCACUGACUACCAGGCCAGGCGCCUCCGCAUCCGCUACGGACAGACCAAAAAAAUGAUGGACAAGGCGGAGUUUGUGCACAUGUUGAACGCCACCAUGUGCGCCAGCACACGUGUGAUGUGCGCCAUCCUGGAGAAUUACCAAACCGAAGAAGGCAUCAUUGUUCCAGAGAAGCUCAGGGAUUUCAUGCCUCCUGGUUUGACAGAGAUCAUUAAGUUCGUCAAGCCCGCUCCUAUUGAUCAGGAGAUGUCUAAAAAAGCAAAGAAACAGCAGGAUGGAGGGAAGAAGAAGAAGCAGGGGGGAGACCAGCUGCCUAAUGCCAUGGAGACCAUGUCCGUCAACGACUCAUAGACUCCGGCACACGAGGACGGUGUUGCUUCACCAACCUCAUAGAUAGAAACAGAUGGACUAGAGCCUUGUGUAAUGAUCUGGAGUCAUUUUGUGGUUUCUCCCAAACAUAUAUGGUGAAGGUGAGAAAUAAAGGCACCUAAUGUUAUCCUUAUGUUAUAGUGAAGGCCUGGCUCUAUCCCAUCUGUGUCUGUCUAAGAGGAUGGUGUUAUUCAUCUCAGCUGUUCCUCCCCUCAUUUCCAUAAAGCAGACUAAAAAAGGGAUCGCUCUGUGCUCUAACCAUCCACAGUCCACUUCAGAGUCCACUGACCACCUGUCUGUCUGUCUGUCUGUCACUUUCUCAUCUCUGCAGCAACACUGAGCCUAAAAUGAACAGAUAAGACUACUUGAGCUGUCUGAAUCACGAGUCAUGUUUUCAGAUUCAGCAGCGACAUUUCUCGCUUAACAUCCUACGACACUUAGUAGUUUCUGUGACUGCUGUGUAGCACAGAUGAACCACUGGUUGCGUACAGGUACAUGUUUGCGCCCAGCUGUUAUUACCAUUGGAAAAAGUGUGGUUUCCAAAUGUUUGGUAGUUUCUACAACUGAUCACUUACUGUGUGGAAUUGAUAUCAAAACCCGUAUCUCUUCUGUGAUUACUUCAUGUCUGAAACGGCUUUAAAGUGAAAUGUAAAAACCUUCCUUGUGAAAAAGGAUCAGGUAUUUUAACUGUCUGUUUUAGGCUUCACUUCAUGUUGUCUCUGACUACAAUCAUCAUUUUCCACUGUUGUUGCUUGAUGUCAUUGUUGACCCAUAAUGCUGUUCUCUAGCUUAUGACUGAGACAUUGACAUUGUAUUUACUUGCUAAUAUAAAGAUAUAUAUAUGAUUGAGCAUCGAUGAAGUGGCACUCACUGUAAACAAAUAAAUACAGUUGAUGUGGAA